UGUAAAUGACGGAAAAUAUAGUAUUUGUAUAAGCAGUACUCGCACAAUUGUACCAUUAUUUUAAAAAGACGUUUUGAACGGUAAAAAUACCAUUUCAUUUCUGUCCGUUAGAAUCGUAGGAAUUAAAUGUUAAUCAAAUGGCGUCGUUCAGUACAAAAAUGGCGGAGGCAAUUUUCAACAGCCUGUCGGUGAUGGACACCAGCCAGCAGGGCACCUGUUUGAUGGAGGGCCAGCCCCAGCAUGCUGUGCAGACUACUGUCACAGUUUGCGGGGAGGACGACCUGUUCCUGUGCGGCAAGUGCAAGCGCCGCUUUGCCUCCAUCAGCCAGUUCAUGAGCCACAAACAGACCCAGUGCGUGCCGCCCGCCAACCUACACAGCCAUCCCAUGAUGCAACAGCAGCAGCAGCACAACCGGGGCCAGGUGGCGUACACCAACAUGGGCCACCCCUCCCCGCACAUGCAGGUCUCCCAGGAGGUUGUGCUGGGGGACCAGGGUUUACCCAUCGCCCACUACACCAACAUGGACCAGUACCAGAACACGGUGCUGCAGCGGCCCGCCAUGACCAUGCCCGCGGGGCCGUUCAUAGCGCCCCCUACACAGAUGGGCGUGCAUGCUGCCACCAGCAAUCAGCAAACGUACACCCACCCUACCAGUACUCACAUUGGAGGGACCCCCAUCUCCCUGCAUCAACAUCAGCAGCAACAACAACACCAACAGCAUCAACACCAGCAGGUUCAACAGCAACAGCAGCAUCAACAACAACAACAACAACAACAGCAGCAGCAGCAGCAACACCAACAGCUGCAGCAACAGCAGCCACAGCAGGGACAGCACGCACAGCACGCGGUCAUCCUGCACACGCCCCACGAUUCCCUCCCCACUACCUUCACCAUCAUCGCCAGCGCACCGGAGCAACCCCCUAAAGAGGUGCCCGCUGCCAAGAAAGCCCCGAAGCCCAAGAAGCCUCGACAGCCACGCAAGCGCAAGGAGUCCCCUAGCUCGCCCAAGCCACGCCGCAAGCGGCAAGCUUACCUCUCCUCAUCCGGGGAACGACUGCCCCGCCCACCCUCCAAGAAGAGCCACAGCUGCGAGUUCUGCGGAAAGACCUUCCCCUGGAAUCACGAGCUGCGACGACAUCUGAGGUACCACACGCGGGAGAAGCCCUUUGAGUGUGCCAAGUGCCACCGGAUGUUUGCCGAGAGGUGCACCGUCCGGAAGCACAUGAUGACCCACAAGGAUUUGCCAGAGAAUAUCGAGAGAAACCUGCCCAAGCACCACCCUUGUCCCGACUGCGGCAAGAUGUUCGUGGGCUCCUUCGAUCUCAAGCAGCACAUGAGGAGCCACACUGGGGAAAAGCCGUUCCAGUGCCAGUUCUGCAACAAGUCCUUCUCCCAGAAGUCCAACAUGAAGACGCACAUGAUGCGCAACAAGAAGUGCUCCACUGCCCAGGCUGCCUUGCAUGAAGAGAAGGCACAGGAAGGAGAAAACAGGGAUGGACAAGAAGGCACAACAGAAAAAGGUGGCACAGGAGCUGAGACUUCCCAGAGCAAAUUGCAAAUGGCAGAAGAACAGAAGGAUUUUAUCUGCCAGAAGUGUAAGGAGGAGUUCACUACCCUAGAAGAGCUAGGCCAGCACCUGACCAGCACCAGGCAUCAUCACAACUGCCCCUUCUGCAAGAACGCCUUCCCCUGCCAGCACUUUCUUCGACGCAACCUCUCCACCAAGAAGUCCGCCAAGGGUCUGUAUCAGUGCAAGGUGUGCAAGAAGGUGUUCACCACGUCAGCCGUCUUCAAGGCCCACAUGGGUACCCAACACGCUACAGUGAGCAGCCCCCGGCCCCACAAGUGCGACAUGUGCGACAAGAGCUUCCGCCGCGAGGAGAAGCUGGAAAAACACAAGGAGCUGAUGCACAAGCCCAAGCGGAAGCUCAGGUGCCCCUUCCGCAACGUCUCCGACUGCAAGAAGGAGUUCAAGAACUUCGCCUCGCUGCGCAUCCACAUGGUGUCGCACAGCGGCGUUAAACCGUUCAAGUGUCCCCAGUGCUCCAAGGCCUUCACCCGCCGGCCCAACCUGAACGAGCACAUGCUGACCCACACCAACGAUUACCCGAUCCGCUGCAACAGGUGCAACAAGGGUUUCGCUUACGCCCGCUACCUUAAAUUCCACCGCUGUCCGAUGUGGGCGCAGUGCAAAGAGGCUGUGGCUAGGAGCAAACUGGACGUUGCUAAGGAUGUGGGGGACGGGGAACAACGCGACAAUGACAAUACUGAAGUUACACCAGUGUCACUCAAAAAGCUCACCGAUCAAUCGACAGAGGAGAUUGAGAGAGACCUCGUGGCGAUAACCACGGAGCUCCAGAACCAGCAGACGCACGCUAUUGUCAAUGUCGAGGAAGUCACUAGUGAUCAGAUUGCAACGGCUAACGCUACGGCUAUCGCGCUACUUGAUAUUGGACAGAUGGUUGAACACAGCCAGAACCAUGAGCGAAUUAAUAUUUCACAGUAAAAAAAAAAGAGCAAAAUUGGAACUGUUGUGUAUAACUGUUGGAAGUACAAACCCUUCUUCCUUCAACUUUUGGGGAAGAGGGAAGCAAAGAUUAUUGACUUUAAUGACAUCUGUGAUGUUUUUCAUAUGUUGUUUUCAGCUCGUGAAUUCUGACCUGUUGUUUGUCAGAAUCGUGUUCACUGCUCGUCAACUUUUACUCACUGUGAUUUUUUCUCUCGGUGACAUUCCUAAAUGUGUGCAGUGCUGUAGUAUCUCCUCAAUGUCUUGGUGUGAAGUGGAGUUUUCAUUCUUAAGAGGUGAAUAUUGCAACUGACAACAAGCCAUGGUCUGUUACAUUUGAGCAGAUUCGCUCAUUAAUUAUGCAAGACAACUGCAUCUUGACCUCUAGAUUUUGACCAAUCAGUGGGCGCUUUCUAUAUCGGGUCUUCGGUCAUUCAUCCGGCUGUUGUUGUAUUACAAAACACUGCAUUCUAAUUGACCAAUCAAACCAUUAGUCCUGACUCGGGAAUGAAAUGACAUCACAAUUUAGUAAAGUCGACUCCGAUUGCCUGGCACGCGGUUUGCAUAUAUCUGAUUGUUUAGACAUAUCAGACGUUAUACAGGAGAUUUGGCUCCGUGGAUUACAGGCGAUACUCGAGACUAGCCAUAAUGUACUUCCAACAAAAAAUAAAAAUUCUAACCCAAAAUUACUGGUCCUCAUCUGAUGCAAUAUAGCUUAAUGAGUCGUUUGUCAGGAAUUUUUAUUUGGAGAUUCAGGCCAAAAUAGGGCCACUUCAUCACAUCACUUCAUCACAUCUCUUGGUGUUCCAACUUCCAUAAUUUUUGAACUAAAAAUGGUAUCAGCAUCCGGUUUUCACAGCAGUAAUGCUGAGAUUGCGCUCUUUUCAUAUCUGUAAAAAAAAAUUGACCAGGAUCGACAAACCACUCAUUUAGUUUGAUCGCAUCGCAUUUGUUGGCCAAUUUGAGUACUUGUACACGGAAAUCUGCCACAAAUCAAAGGAUAAUGUCAAACUGGCUUUACGCGAUUUGUGGCAGCUUAAGGAACCUCAACUCAGAGAAAAAAAAGUUGUUUGUUUUUAUUAUUGGCUAAAAAGUUGAAUCUUUGUAGCAAUGGAAAAAUUGCUCUGAUUCAUGUAAAGAUACAUAUGCAUGUAGUUGUGAAUUUGUUGGUCUUACAAAAUUGUUUGAUAAUUGGUGAGUGUUUGUCAGUUUGAUGAACUCGUCUGGUCGGACUAAAUCAGAUUAUUGUGAUGAAAUUAAUAGAAAAAUUUGUGAACUAAAACCUUGCUGAUUUAUUCAACUUAUUUUGUAUUUGAAAUGCUCUGCUUUUGCAGUUUUGUGGAUAUGUGAAAAUAAAAAAUUUAAGUAAUAAAAAGCUACACACGCAAGAUUCAAAAUGAGAGCGGUAGUGACGAAAAGUAAAGACUUGCUUUCAAAAUAUCACUGUUUAUUGUUUAUUAACAACAUAAAGCUUGAUACAUCUGCAUAGAUCAACAAUAGUAAUUUGUCAUGGAAGUUUAUUAAGGCAACAAUGGUGCAGCAAGGUUAUCGUGAUUAAAUUCUGAUCAAGUCAAAACAACAUAUCUGAUAAGAAAACAAAAUCCAACAAUUAAGUUUAAACUUGAUUAAGAUACUUGGUAUUCUGUUAACACAAAAGGAAGUCAAUGUCGUAUAUGUAUACCUUAUUAUCUUGAUGUUGUAACAAGGAUUAUUCAGGAAAAAUAUUGCUAGAAAAUCUGGAAGAACAAGAAAAUUUAUACAAAAUGGCACAAUGUGAUAGGCCGGAAUGACAC